AGCCGGCCCCCUAGUAGGAGAGAGAAGUAACACUUUAAAAGCCGGACCUUCUCUUCCUCCACCCAUCGCCUGGUGUCUUUCCAUCCAAGCUCUGCUCCCGCCCCUCCAGGGCAGCCUCCUUUCUCUUUCCUCGUCUGCAGCCUGCGGAGCCCGUGCCCGGCCCAGGUAGGACCCAGAACUUCAGCUCCAGGAUGUUGACGAAGUUGCUGCCGCUGCUGCUGCUGCUGCCUGGCUGCGCCCUUUGUAACCAGAAGGACUCAGAUGGUUCCCAAAGCCUGCACAUGAUCCAGAUCUCCUACUUCCAAGACCCCAAUCACGUGAGGCAUCAGGGCAACGCCACGCUGGGGAAACUCCUGACACACACGCUGGAAGGCCAGACAAACAACAUCACCAUCCUCCAGCUGCAACCCUGGCAGGAUCCGGAAAGCUGGGCGCGCACAGAAAGUGGCCUGCAGCUCUACCUGGCCCAGUUCCAGAGCCUGGUGCAGCUGGUGACCCGCGAGCGCAGGAGCAGCGUGGUCUAUCCUCUCACCAUCAGCUGCUCGCUGGGCUGCGAGCUGCCUGCCUCCGAGGGCGCUGAGGCCCACGUCUUCUUCGAUGUGGCUGUGAAUGGGAGCGCCUUCGUAAGUUUCCAGCCAAAGGCCGCCCUGUGGGUGGCAGGCUCCCAGGAGCCCUCUCCAGCAACCAACUUCACCCUGAAGCAGCUCAACGCCUACAAUCGGACUCGGUUCGAACUGCUGGAGUUUCUUCAGGACACCUGUGUGGAGUACCUAGAGAACCAUACCACCACGCAAAACAUGAAAGGGAGUCAAACAGGGCGCUCUUACACCUCACUGGUCCUGGGCAUCCUGAUGGGCUGUUUCAUAAUCGCUGGUGUGGCCGUGGGCAUCUUCCUGUGCACAGGUGGACGGCGUUGCUGAUUACUCUCCAGCCGCCUCGGAGGGAAGGGCUGGACUGGUGGGGGCUGAUGGGGAAGGUGGCAAACAGACUCCCCCCCCCCGGGACACCGAUUCUGAGGGGGGUUACAGCACGCAAGGAAGGGUGUAGACAGAGUAACUGGUUUUUGAAGGACUUGAGGAUGCGCAUGGUAUAGCUACUCUGAGAAGUGGGUCCUCGUCUGUGGAAAUCAGCUGAUAGAGCUGGGGGACCUUGGGCGGAGGUCUCUGACCUCCCUGCAAAGGCAGAGUCACUGGAGGCAUUCAGAACAUCUAACUAAAUAAAAUGAGUAGUCUGUAACCAAAACAGAAUAAGACCACUAGGUGUGUCCACCUUGGGAAGGGCACUGGUAUGAUAGGGAAGAGAGAACCAGAGAAAUGUCACAGUUGUAAGAUCAAACAACAGGGGAGCAGUGAGUUAAUAAUUAAAUAUUAUGUUUCUUAUUUAUGUAAAAGGUGUAAUUAUGUCCUCUAUUUUAUUAAAACUUCUGAAAAAAUA